AUGGCGGAAUCGACCCACGAUCACCUGUUUAAGCUUCUGAUAAUUGGCGACUCUGGAGUCGGCAAGUCUUCCAUCCUUCUGCGCUUUUGCGAUGACGAGUUCAACGAGAAGCAAGCCUCCACAAUUGGCGUGGACUUCAAGACAAAGUUCAUGCAGCUGAGAAGCAAGAAGCUGAAGCUCGCAUUGUGGGACACUGCGGGGCAGGAGCGCUUUCGAACGCUCACCUCCUCGUACUAUCGCGGCGCUCAGGGCAUCAUCCUUUGCUACGACUGCACGCAGAGAAGCACCUUCGAGCACGUGAAGUUCUGGCAAGAUGAGGUUCGAAAGUAUUCCACCAAUCAGGAUGCCAUCCUCAUGCUUGUGGCGAACAAGGCCACAUGGGGCUGUCAAACACACUGUGGAUGGACGAAAUCCCGCACCACUUGGAAACCAUGA